AGGUGGGAAUUAGGAAAUAUUUGCCUCAAAUUCAUCCCACCCGAGGAGCCAUCUGAGAGUUUUGCUCCUGAGGUUAUGGUCAGGCUGGAUGAGUCUCCUCAUGGGGAAAGACUUUGGGACCAGAACUUUGUUUCCUCCACAUCUCAGAGCCAAGUUCCAGCUGCAGCUCCAGCCAGAGGCUCCCCAGGCAACGAUGUCUCACCUCCUCUGUGCCCUACUGUCCCUGCUUUCCUUUGCUGCCCUACUGGAAAGUGCCCAGUGGAAACUGCAGGAAAAUGUGUUUGUCAUCGACUCGCGGUGGGACGCCGAGGCCCCGGCCACCAUGGUGGAGCUGAGCUGCGACAGCCCCGAGGAGGCCGUGCUCUGGAGAAAGGACUCCAGCCCCUUCCAGGAGGGGAAGCAGAGAGGGAAGACCCUGAGGGUGGCAGUGAAGGAGCUCCCAGACGGCGGCAACUACAGCUGUGUGAGCCAGGAGAGCCUGAGGGUGCUGAGCUCCAGCCUGCUGCUCAUCGCCAGGAUCGGCCCUGAUGGGACCAUCCUCAGGGACAUCCUCAAAUCCUUCCAGGAGCCCAAAACAUUUUUGAAGUGUGAGGCAAAGAACUACUCUGGAGUUUUCACAUGUUCCUGGAUGACAGAAAAUAAUCCACAUGUGAAGUUCACCAUCAGAAGCCUGGAAGGCCCCCAGGGUGAUGUGUCCUGCAGCACCCCUGUGGCUGUCACCGAGGGGGCCCUGACCACCUACACUGCUCAGUGCCACAAGGAGAACUUCUGUCCCUUUGCUGAGGAGCACCAGCCCAUCGACAUCCUCCUGGAGGCCAUCGAUGAGGUGCUGUAUGAGAACUACACCGCCAGCUUCUUCAUCAGGGACAUCAUAAAGCCUGACCCCCCCCAGUGCCAGCACGUGGCCACCAAUGGAACAGUGACCUGGACCUACCCCAGGACCUGGAGCACCCCAAACUCCUACUUCCCUUUGACUUUCAAGGUCAAAGUUAAAAGCACCAGGAGACACAGAUACCAGGUGUACGACACGGAGGAGCAGUGGGUGCAGCUGCCCCCGGGGCCAGCUGAGGUGUGGGUGCAGGCCAGGGACCGCUGCUACCUCAGCUCCUGGAGCUCCUGGUCCUCGCUCUGCAGAUAAACUGCAAGGAGGGUGGCACAGUGCUCCCAGAGAAAGCAAAGAAUGAAUUAGCACAAGAACAGAAGCACAAUUAGAAAAGAAAUUUCCAUUUGAGAUUCUUAAGAAGCCAUAACUUUUUUUAUUUUUUGUAACAGUUGAAUGUUGUCCUGAUUUUGGCAGCUUCCCAGAUUCAAGUUACACUUUUAGCAUCCAUCAUGUUACAUGAACACGAUUUUGACAUGUUACUGGCAGCUAUUAUUGUAUGU